AUGUCAUCCCUCAAGCCUUCACACGCCAAUGAUUCGUCUAAUCUUAAUCAAAUACGAAACAAUCCAAGCCUUCGUAAGAAAAAUAAGACUUCAAUAUUUUCCAUGUAUUCUACUUCAACAAUGAAGAGUUCUAUCACCCGAUCUUCACCACAACAACAAUUGGCCUUAAAGUUCACAUCGUCAUCACCAACACUUGAUCAACAAGAGAAGAGUUUCGUUCAUAUUAAUAAUUGUGGUGAUCAUGUUUCAACACAGAAUAGAGAUGAGCAACAAGUAGAUUUCCAAUCAAUCACCAACCAAUCAUCACCCUUCUCUGAUUCUCCACUAACUUUACCUCUGGGCUUUCUUCCACUUUCUUCAAAUGUUUCUUCUUCAAGCAUUGAAGAUUUGUUAAACAAACAUUACACUCCCAUCACCACUUCCACUUUGCAAAGCUCCAAUCCAUUCAUUCCUAACAUUUCCACACAAUAUUCUUUACCAAAUGGUGGCACGAUGGAAAAUAGUGAAAAAUCUUCAUCAUUGUCAAUGGAAAUUAAGAAAAUGAUGCAUGGAAAUGAUUUAAAAACAAAGAAACGAAAGAGAAUUUGUCAAUUCAAUGAGCAAAAUGUGGAACAGAUAUGUAGGAAUGAAAAAGGAUAUUCCUCUCCAGACCUUAAUUCUUCUUCCAAACGAACAGUCAAAUAG